AUGACAAGCAUUGCGCACCCCAUUGUUACCAUCUUGGAAGAUGCAGUGAAGCAACGCGGGAUGCAGCGCUUCUUGAACCACGAGGUGUUGUCGAAGGGAAUUUUUGAGUCGUCCUGGACUUCGGGGACAGGACAGACAGAGGCUUGGAAAGAUGAGCUGCGGAAUGGAGGCGACAACGUCUUAGCAACCCUUGUGGUCCAGAGGCUGAUUGCUGAUCACGACGGCACCGCAGAGCAGUUGCGCAAGGCUUUUGGAUUCAAAGAUGCCAUGUUGAUCCACCAAGCUGGUGGGUGUUUCCUACAUUUCCUGUCCGUUUUGCAGAGGAUGUCUCCGGCCAACAGCUUCAACGACGCCCGCGACAGACUUAUGGAUCAGUUCAUGAAGGGCUUCAUGGAUGCCGACUUGCUUCACGUGCUUUCCAGCAGUGUCCCACCGGGAGACAUCAAGUCAGUCGGGAGUUUCAGGCCGUUCGUUGCGCAGAUUGAAGCUGCCAUCCAGAAUGAGAAAGAUGAGAAGGAGGCGCAGCUUGCCCAAAAACUUCGCCAAGCUGAUCUUGAAUCUCUCGUUUCCAAGAUCGAGAGCGACUUCGCUUUGCUGGACAAUGCUUUGGAGCCCGAUGAAAAAAGGGCUCAGGAACACGCGCUGGACAUGAAGAAAGGAGCUGAUUUUGUGGAGAAGUGGCUGGAUGUGCACUGCAAGUUGGUGAGCGUCGAUGACACUGCGGACAUUCCCAUUCCGCCGUUCUUGAAAUGGAAGGAACAGUUUCGAGAUGCGGGAGACCAGUAUGUGAUCGCUACUCUGGACGCAACGGUGUUCCCAGCAAAUGCAGCCUACUUGGCGGCCUCUCUGAAAGCAUUUGCAACCCUUUUGUCCAUGAGCAGUACCAUGAUCGGCUUGGUCCUUCUUCCUGUCUACCAGAAGCAAACGUCAGAGUCUGCAGUGGUGAAACAUCGGCAGCAACUUGAGAAUGCACUGCUGAAAGGAGGGUUGUCAGUGAUCAACUUGAUCCAAGUCCUCUACACAAAGCCAGACAGCACAGCCAGGGAUGCCAGGAAUUUGCAUCAGCUGGCCUUGGCUACAUUCCACAGUCACUUUGCGGCCCAUGCUUUUCAUCAAUGUGUUCCCGUCCGCGAAGGGAAGCUGGGACCAGCCCCUCUGAUCCGGAUGUCGGAUUUUUUGGGGUACGACAGCGAGACCAAGCCAGGCGCAAGUGCGCGUGUGGAACAGAUCCUAGCUCUUUGCUUCGGCGUUUUUUGA